AUGACCAAAAAAGCUCCUUCCUCUAAAUCUAUUUCUGGGUCAACCCAUGGAAAUGACGCUGAAUCAGAAGCAGUUUUCGAGGAAACAACCGAGGAGGAGAGAGACGAAGAGCGGGCAAUUGAUGGGGAGAAAACAACAGAAGAAAAGAAUGACGUUGAGUUAAAAGAGGUUUCCAAGGAAACAAUUGAGGGGGAAAGAGACGAAGAGCGGCCAAUUGAGGAGGAGAAAACAAUAGAAGAAAGUGGUGGGGAUGAGUCAGAGAAGGAUGAAUCUGCUGCUCACGAAGAGACUGACGAUGAAUCUACUGCUCGACACGAAGAGAAUGAAGAUGAAUCUGCUUCUCGACACGAAGAGAAUGUCGAAGUUGGGGAAAACGAGGAAAACAAAUAA